AUGGAUACAGCAGACGUUCUUCGAAUGCUAGCAAGGCUUGAUACGAGAACACUUCGAGCCGAACGAGCUCAGGCCAAGCUGGAAGAAAGUCUGGCGACUGCAGAGCAGACGUUGAAGCAAACGACCCUGGAACUAGACCAGGUCGCCCGGCUAGCGGAAAUCUUUUACGAAAGUAGUCAUAAGCUAGGAAAUAUGGUGGACCACUUGCUAAAGGAACGCGGGGUGUUGCAGAAUGGCCAGCAGCCGGAGUCAUUGAAAGCCAUAUUGGAUGUUGUCCAAAAGGAGAUAGAUGAAAAUGCCGAAAAGGGACCCGAUAGCAACGAUACUAGGAGUGAACCUACACCUCCUAGCGAUUCUGCAGAUCAGCAGGGGCCAGAGUAA